AUGCAUCAUUUGACGUCCAUUUGUAUCCCAUCUAGCCAUGACUGUAUAUUAUUAGCUGAAACGGGAGCAGUCUUCACCUUUGGAAAAAGCAAAUUUGCAGAUAACAUCCCUAGUAAAUUUUGGCUGAAAAAUGAUGUACCUCUGAAAAUCGCCUGUGGGGAUGAACACACUGCAUUGAUAACAGAGAAUGGCAAGCUUUUCAUGUUUGGCAGUAACAACUGGGAUCAGCUGGGUUUGGGAUCAAAGACCAUGGUGAACAAGCCCACUUGUGUGAAAGCUUUGAAGUCUGAAAAUGUGCGGCUUGCAGCCUGUGGAAGAAAUCACACUAUAGUUUACACUUCUCAGGGAAACGUGUACUCUACCGGUGGAAACAACGAAGGUCAGCUAGGUCUGGCGGACUGUGAGGAGAGGACAGCCUUCCAAUUGGUGGACUUCAGUUCACAUGGACCAAUCAAAAUGCUUGCUGCCGGCUCCAACACCUCUGCUGCCCUCACAGAGAGUGGGACGCUGUUCAUGUGGGGUGACAACACUGAGGGUCAGAUCGGCCUGGGGAAGGAGAGCAGUGCCCUGUCCCCCCAGGAGGUCACUGUGGGUCGGCCAGUGGCCUGGGUGUCCUGUGGGUACUACCACUCUGCCUUCGUCACUGUUGACGGGAGCCUGUGCGCAUUUGGGGAGCGCGACAGCGGCAAACUGGGCCUGGCCACGGGUCAGCUGGAUGGACACCGCGUGCCGCAGCUGGUAAAGGGCAUCACAGACCAGGUGACCCAGGUGGCAUGUGGAGGCGGGCACACCGUGGCUGUGACAGAGGAGGACCUGUACACCUUUGGCCUGGGUCAGUUUGGUCAGCUGGGUCAGGGGACCUUCAUCUUUGAGGCGAGGCUGCCCAGAGCGGUGGAUCACUUCAGGAAGGGCCGAGUACGACAGGUGAUGUGUGGGGAGAACCACACUGCUGUCAUCACAGACAAUGGUCUUCUCUAUACCUUUGGGGACGGGAGACAUGGGAAGCUGGGUCUGGGAGAGGAGAACUUCACCAAUCAAUUCAAGCCGACUCUCUGUCCACGCUUCCUCAAAUACAAUGUCCAAGCGGUGACAUGCGGAGGUUGUCACAUGCUGGUUCUAGCCAAGCCCAGAGACAAGAGCUGUCAGGAAGUGACUCUGGAGGAGAAUGAUGUCACAGAGGACUACCUGGAGACGUCCUACACAGAGCUCUUAGGGGACACCCUCACCUCCACCCCUGCUACCCUGAACAGUAGCCUCUCUGCCCGGGUCAGGAGGAGAGAGAGGGAGCGUUCCCCGGAGCAGUUUGGGCUCAUGUUUCGGACCCUGCCCCCCCUGAUGUCCGGACACCUCAAUACCUCCGCACCCCUGCCCGUGUCCAGCCAGACGAGGAUCACUGGGUCUAACAAUAAGGAAAAGAGGUCAGCUGAGAAGGGAAGAGAUGAGGGAGACAGCAGCGCUGUGGAGAACGUGAUGGACAACGAGAGUGUUAAAGAUCUGGGAGACACCACGGACUUCCUCAACAUGACUUGUGAUGAAAAUGGACCCCAGUGACAAGACGUUGACGUUGUCCCCUGUACAGAAGGAUUUAAGAGCUGAAGAGGGGGAAGGACAUAAGGAUGAUGAAGAGGAGGAGGAGGAGGAGAACAACAAAGCAGAGGAGAAAGAGAAAUCUGAGGACAUGGAGGGACAAUCAUUACAGGGUCAGAGCCAGUCCAC